AUGGCAGACUUCAAAGAUCUGGAAUGGGCAGCGCAAGGGCUGGAAUCCGGCAGCCUCGACGUCGACACUGUCUCUUUCACCCUAUCGGAGCCACCUUCAUCUUGUUUUCAAGAAACAGCAAACUCCAUCAACUUAAACAUAUCCAAAAACAGCCUCACACGCUUCCUCAAACUCCUCACAAAUCCAACAUUGAGAAACAUAGAAUUCCACCUUAUGCAAUGGGAGCUGCAGGAAAUGAAACAUCUCCGAGAGCUGCUCGAAACCAACCCCAGCAUCGCCCGCCUCGCCUUCAAGAGAAACACCUUCAACACAAUCUGUUUCUCCGAGCUGUCGGAGGCUCUGAGAGACAGCAAAUCCGUUAAGGGAAUAGUGCUCACCGAGUCAGGCAUUGGGCCUCAGGGUGGUGCAGCCCUCGCGGCCGCGCUGAGGGACAAUCGCAGCUUGGAGGAGCUGCGGAUAUGGGAGGACUCCAUCGGCUCCAAGGGGUCCGAGGAGCUCUCCAAGAUGAUCGAGCUCAAUUCGUCUCUCAAGGUCCUCACUAUCUUCGACUCCAAGCCGGCCACUGCCACGCCUCUCGUCUCGGCUGUUUUGGCCAGGAAUCGAUCGACGGAGGUCCACAUUUGGAGCGUUGAUCACCGCGGAAGAAGCUGUAAAAUGGUUGAGUUUGCACCUGAGAACUCCACUCUUCGGGUGUACCGCUCGGAUGUAUCUGGGGCGUGCCAUGUAGCUUGUGCGUUGGGGCGGAACACCACCGUGAGGUCUCUAGACAUGAGUGGCGUAAAGCUGAAGUCGCGGUGGGCCAAGCAGUUCCGUUGGGUGCUCGAGCAGAACCAGACGAUUAGAGAGGUGAACCUAUCGAAUGCGUACCUCAAGGACAAGGGUGUGAUCUACGUUGCGGCCGGACUCUUCAAGAACCGGACGUUGGAAAAACUCUGCCUCGAUGGGAACUCCUUCGGUGGGAUAGGCGUCGAGCAUUUGCUCUGCCCUCUCACGAAGUUCUCGCCUCUGCAGAAUCAGGCCAACACGACCUUGAAGUCGCUGUGCUUCGGGGGCACGAGGACCAGGAUUGGCAAUGCAGCAACGCUUGUGCAGAUGCUGAGCAGCAACGAGAGCGUCAUGUUCUUGGGCAUACACGACGACAACAGCCUCAAGGCGGGAGAUAUUGUCCAGCUCUUCAGGAGCUUGGCCAGGAACGCAUCUCUCAGGCGCCUGUCCCUGCAGGGCUGCAAAGGGGUGAAGGGCGAUGCCGUCUUGCAAGCCAUAAUCGAGACGUUGAACGUGAACCCUUGGAUAGAACACAUUGAUCUUGAGAGGACGCCUCUCCAUGUUUCUGGUCAAGCAGAAGCUAUAUAUCAAAGAUUGGGUUACAACAACAGCCAAGAAGACACUGAACCCGAACCUGAACCCGGGAUCGAUGUGUUGAAAGACUUGGAGAUGACUGUGCCCAAAUGCGCUAGGGUGUUCCUCUGUGGUCAAGAAUAUGCAGGUAAAUCUACUCUCUGCAAUUCAAUAUCGAACAACAUUUCGCCUUCGAAGCUGCCAUACUUGGAUCACGUGAGGACUCUGGUGAACCCGGUGGAGCAGGCCAUUAGGAUCAAAACGUGCAGGGACGAAGACACCAAGAUCUCGAUAUGGAAUCUUGCAGGGAAGCACGACUUCUAUUCACCCCACGAUCUCAUGUUUCCCGGGCAUGGAAGCCCGUGUUUGUUCCUCAUUGUGUCCAGCUUAUUCAGGAAGUCAAGUAAUAGAGAGCCAAAAACCCCUAGUGAGAUAGAGGAAGACAUCCAAUACUGGCUAAGAUACAUAGUCUCCAACUCGAGACGAGCAGCUCAGCAGUGCAUGCUUCCCAGUGUGACAAUCGUGCUAACUCACUCGGACAAAAUGGAUCAUCAGUCUGACAGCAGCUUCGGGGGCAUUGUGACUGUUAUCCAAAGACUGAGAGAUAAGUUCCCAGGCAUGGUGGAAAUUUAUCCGAACGUGUUCACGGUGGAUGCAAGAUCAUCAGCAUCGGUCAGUAAACUCAGCCAUCAUGUCCGUAAAACAAGCAAGAUGAUUCUUGAAAGGGUUCCUCGGGUAUACCAGCUCUGCAACGAUGCUGCAGAGCUGUUAACAGAAUGGAGACGCGAGAACCACAACAAGCCAGUGAUGAGGUGGAAGGAGUUCGAGGAUCUAUGCCAAGUCAAGGUUCCGUCCCUGAGAAUCCGUUCAAGACAUGACAACAAAGACAAGGUAGAGACAAGGAGGAAAGCAGUGGCUACGAGUCUGCACCAUAUUGGAGAGGUCAUUUACUUCUAUGAUCUAUGCUUCUUAAUCUUGGAUUGCGAGUGGUUUUGUGGUGAGGUACUCAGUCAGCUAACAAGAUUAGACACCAGGAAGCAAGGCAUGACUGAGAGGAAUGGAUUCGUAUGCAGAAAAGAUUUGGAGAAGAUUCUGAUUGCGAGCUUACAAAGUAACACACCUGGAAUGGGGUUGAAUGUCUUUGAAAAUCUAGAAGCUAAAGAUCUAAUACAGAUGAUGCUGAAAUUGGAGCUUUGCUGUGAAGUAGAUCCAUUAGAUCCAAAUUCAGCGCUGCUGAUUCCGUCCAGCUUGGAAGAAGGCAGGAGGAGACCUCAGAGAUGGCAGCUAAACUCCCCGGAGGCUAAAUAUGUAGGAAGACGCCUUCAAUGUGAUGACUCAAGCCACAUGUUCCUCACACCAGGUUUCUUUUCACGCCUACAGGUACAUAUGCAUAACAAAAUCAUGGAGUUGAAGAAUCAGUAUGGAGCAUCAUACACUCUCGAGAAGUACCUCAUCGUAAUAAACAUAAACGGGAUCCAUGUCCGUGUAGAGCUUCAAGGAGAAUUAGGUUAUUCCAUUGAUGUGCUAGCAUGCUCCACGAAAAGCACAACGGAAAUGCUCAGGCUCUUUCAGCAGCUCAUAAUCCCAGCAAUACAGAACCUCUGCCUAGGCAUCACCAUGAUGGAGUAUGUUAUUCGCUCUGAAUGUGUGAAAAAUCUUAUACCUCCGAGGAACCGGAGGAACCAAUUCGUGCCUCUGCAACAGUUAAAGCGGGCACUGCUCUCAGUACCUGCUGACAGCAUAUAUGAUUAUCAUCACACGUGGGAUCCAAUCGUGGAUUCAGGAAGCCAGAUUUUAGGACCUGGUUUUGAUCUUGCUCGAGAUUUGCUGUCAGAUGAUGAUUUCAGAGAAGUGCUACACAGCCGGUACCAUGACCUGUAUAAUCUUGCUAUGGAACUCCAAGUGCCAGAGGAGAACAGCACCGAGCAUCGUACAGCUGCCUCUGAAGAAAUAGCUAGCUCAGUUGAUCCAACGUUUGUCGGGAUAGCCAAGGGUGUUGAAGCAGUUCUGCAAAGGCUAAAGAUCAUCGAGCAAGAAAUCAGAGACGUGAAGCAGGAGAUUCAAGGCCUUAGAUAUUAUGAACACAGGCUUCUGAUUGAGCUGCAUCGCAAAGUGAACUACCUGGUGAACUACAAUACGCAGGUCGAAGAGAGAAAAACACCAAACAUGUUCUAUUUUGUGAGAACUGAGAACUACUCCAGGAGAUUAAUUACCAGCUUCAUAUCAGGCAUGAGAGCUCUCCGGUUGCAAAUGCUAUGUGAAUACAGGCGAGAAAUGCAUGUGGUUGAAGAUCAGCUUGGGUGCGAACUCAUGGAGGUGGAUAACAUCACCAUGAAGUGCCUGGCUCCACAUAUGAAAAAUUUCAUGAAACUAGUUACAUUUGCUCUUAAAAUCGGAGCCCAUUUGGCAGCAGGUAUGGGGCAGAUGAUACCUGAUUUGGGCAAGGAGGUUGCACAUCUCAUCGAUUCCCCUAUGGUCUAUGGAGCAGCAGGUGCUGCAGCUGCCGGGGCUGCAGGAGUUGCUGUGGCAGGAAACACGAGUAGAACCAUGAGCUCAAGAGAGGUACAGCAACAGCAACUCAGAGCAGCUCAACAAUGGCUGAUUGACUUCUUGAGAGAGCACGGAUGCUCGACUGGGAAAGACAUUGCUGAAAAAUUUGGAUUAUGGCGAGUGAGAUACAGGGAUGAUGGUCAAAUCACGUGGAUUUGCAGGAGGCAUAUGUACACCAGAGCAUGUGAAAUAGUCGAAGCCCCGAUAUGAUGUAUAUUCCCUCAGUUGCAACUCUAGUUUUAAGCCUCAGGAGCUUGUUUGUUAUCAGAUGUUGGGUUCAUGUUUCAAACUAGAAUAUCAACAUAGUUUAGCAAUUAUACAAGGUAAGUAGCAGAAGCAAAA